UCGUAAAGGAGACUAGACUUUGCAUGCAAAACUGAAGAAGCAAUUGGUAACUAACAGUACAUCUUUUUUCUAAGAUCAGCAAGGGUCAAAUGACUUUUUUAAGAGUAUGUGAGAGAAGUAUUACAGAAGCGGGGAGAAAAGAGAGAGAAAAAAAAAACACCUCAUCAUUUGCUUUCAGCCCUGAAUUGUUCAUGCUUCAUUAAGGCCAUUGGAUAGAAAACUAACACAAGGCUAACUAAGAGGAGUACCGGGAACUGCAGGAGAAAAGCUUUUGGCUACUUUCCAGGGACUGUGCAUUUGUUUAACCAGAAUCUGUUUCAACACAUGUAAAGACUAUGUCAGAGAGUCACCAUGACCUUGCACAAUAACAAUACAACCUCACCUUUGUUUCCGAACAUCAGCUCUUCCUGGAUUCACGGCCCUUCCGAUGCAGGGCUGCCCCCAGGAACGGUUACUCAUUUUGGCAGCUACAACAUUUCUCGGGCAGCUGGGAAUUCCUCCUCUCCAAAUGGCACCACCAGUGACCCUCUGGGAGGUCAUACCAUCUGGCAGGUGGUCUUCAUUGCAUUCUUAACGGGCGUCCUGGCCUUGGUGACCAUCAUCGGCAACAUCCUGGUGAUAGUGGCAUUCAAGGUCAACAAGCAACUGAAGACCGUCAACAACUACUUCCUCUUAAGUCUGGCCUGUGCCGACCUGAUUAUUGGGGUCAUUUCAAUGAAUCUGUUUACUACCUACAUCAUCAUGAACCGAUGGGCUUUAGGGAACUUGGCCUGUGACCUCUGGCUUUCCAUUGACUACGUGGCUAGCAAUGCCUCCGUCAUGAAUCUUCUGGUCAUUAGCUUUGACAGGUACUUUUCCAUCACGAGGCCGCUCACGUACCGAGCCAAACGAACAACAAAGCGGGCUGGUGUGAUGAUAGGUCUGGCUUGGGUCAUCUCCUUCAUCCUUUGGGCUCCUGCCAUCUUGUUCUGGCAAUACUUUGUUGGGAAGAGAACUGUGCCUCCAGGGGAGUGUUUCAUCCAGUUCCUCAGUGAGCCCACCAUCACCUUCGGCACGGCCAUCGCUGCCUUUUAUAUGCCUGUCACCAUCAUGACUAUUUUAUACUGGAGGAUCUAUAAGGAAACUGAAAAACGUACCAAAGAGCUUGCUGGGCUGCAGGCCUCUGGGACAGAGGCAGAGGCAGAGAACUUUGUCCAUCCCACAGGUAGUUCUCGAAGCUGCAGCAGCUAUGAGCUUCAACAGCAAAGCAUGAAACGCUCAGCCAGGAGGAAGUACGGACGCUGCCACUUCUGGUUCACAACGAAGAGCUGGAAGCCCAGUGCCGAGCAGAUUGACCAAGACCACAGCAGCAGCGACAGCUGGAAUAACAACGACGCUGCUGCCUCCCUGGAAAAUUCCGCUUCCUCCGACGAGGAGGACAUGGGCUCGGAGACAAGAGCCAUCUACUCCAUCGUGCUCAAGCUUCCGGGUCACAGCACCAUCCUCAGCUCCACCAAGUUACCCUCGUCAGACAACCUGCAGGUGCCGGAGGAGGAGCUGGGGGCAGUGGACUUAGAGACGAAAGCCAGCAAACUCCAGGCCCAAAAGAGCAUGGACGACGGAGGCAGUUUUCAGAAAAGCUUCUCCAAGCUUCCCAUCCAGUUGGAGUCAGCCGUGGACACGGCCAAGGCCUCUGAUGUCAACUCCUCGGUGGGCAAGACCACGGCCACUCUGCCUCUGUCCUUUAAGGAAGCUACUCUGGCCAAGAGGUUUGCUCUGAAGACCAGAAGCCAGAUCACCAAGCGGAAACGGAUGUCCCUCAUCAAGGAGAAGAAGGCAGCCCAGACCCUCAGCGCCAUCUUGCUUGCCUUCAUUAUCACCUGGACCCCCUACAACAUUAUGGUUCUGGUGAACACCUUUUGUGACAGCUGCAUCCCCAAAACCUAUUGGAAUCUGGGCUAUUGGCUGUGCUACAUCAACAGCACCGUGAACCCCGUGUGCUAUGCCCUGUGCAACAAAACAUUCAGAACCACUUUCAAGAUGCUGCUGUUGUGCCAGUGUGACAAAAGGAAGAGGCGCAAGCAGCAGUACCAGCAAAGACAGUCAGUCAUUUUCCACAAACGGGCGCCCGAGCAGGCCUUGUAGGAUGAGGUGUGUUGUCAGUAGCAGUCACCAAACGCACACGUCAACCCACAGACCUUAGGAGGGAGUGAGGCGAGGGUGGGGGUGAUUUCUGGCGCUGAUAAAAAAAUGUCUUUAUCACCCAGAUGUGAAAGAAGCUGCCUGUUUACCGAUCCAUUGAAUAAAUCCAUUUUCAUAUCAAAAGUCAAAUACCAAUUCAGCCAAAAAUAAAUAAAUAAGCCUAUUACUGGAUAUGAAGAAAUUUAUUCUGAAAUAGACUUUGUUUUUUCUUAAAGAGAAAGAAAUAAUUGUUUCAUAGCAAUUAUAUACCCAAAUUGGUCUGCCUGGGCCUUUUCAUUCCCAUUAGCUCUGGAAUCUCGGUGAGGAUAACUAGCGGGCCCAGUUGCCCUGUUCUCCCCAAGGGUCCCCAAAGUGUCGAUCCACAUCCCACGUGGAACGCGUCAGGCUGGUGAAUCCGUGGUUCUGAAAUUCUUUCGUACGUUG